AGAAGACAUUCCAACCUGGGAAGAUACAAUUAUUUGAGAUAUUUAUGAAACAAAUAAAAAAUUGAUCUACUCGAUUUACUGCGUACAAAUCAAUAAUGAUCUAACGCAGUUCCAACUCUGUUUUUUCUCAUUCCAUUAUCGAUUUUGUCCAUUCUCAUCAGUCAAAAUGGAUCAAAUUCACAAAUAUCCGGCAUAUACUCAAUAUUUCAAUAUUCCUGCCACAAUUCUUGCUGCUAUUCUCUGCUAUCAAUAUGAUGUAUAUGAUUUAUCAAUUGAUGAACACAGAUAUUCUAUAAUUGCAAUUAUCGUCUCAAUUCUUAUCAGUGGCUCACUUAUUGCAAUUACCAAAUCAUACAGAUGGGGCAACGAUUCGGAGUAUGAAAGUGGACAUUUGGGAAAUUUCAAGCAAAACUAUAGAAUUGGAUCUUAUGGAAUUGCUAUGUUCAGUUUUUCUGGAAUGUCAUACUUUUGUAGCUACCAAAGAUAUCCAAUUUCGGCUUUAUUUUCAUUCUUUGUGUUCAAUGCGACAUCCGCCAUGAUCUAUUUUGUGUUCGUUUGGGAGUUACAACCAUUGUGUCGUGGAAUGAAAUACAAGAAAGGAUGGAAAGAUGCUCUUGUUCUGUGUAGUCCGGUACUGGGCGCCCUUGUCAUAUCAUUCAUCAUAUCAAUUUGCAUUGUGCAUUUUUGCGAAAUGCGGAAAGUAUGGUUUGCUGCUCUCUAUUACGUUCCACAAAUGUUCCUCAAUCAUCAAACAUGUUCGACAGUUCAGAAUGGAGAAAUUGAGCUUGUCCAGAUGAAAGAAAAAUGCAGUCCGAUGAAAGCAAUUGGGAAUCAAUCGGCAUGAUCUAACAAGUACUUUGACCUUUCUCUCGGUCGCUGCUCUUUAUUCUUCUCGUUUUCUGUGUUUAAAUACAAUUUCUCAUUUUACUGGUGACAAUACUAUUUUUUCCAUAAGUAGAAGGUCAUGCGGAGAACAAAAUACUGUAAAUCUUCUAGAUUGUUUCAAAAUAAAUUGAAAAUUUGUG